CUUCAGACCUCUAACCUGGUUGUUUAAUCAUGGGUCGCCGUCCAGCUCGUUGUUAUCGCUAUUGCAAGAACAAGCCCUACCCCAAGAGUAGGUUCUGCAGGGGUGUGCCUGAUCCUAAGAUCAGGAUCUACGAUGUUGGCUACAAGAACGCCUCCGUAGAUGAGUUCCCCGCUGCCGUUCACAUGGUUUCUGAUGAGUACGAACAGGUCUCGUCUGAGGCUUUGGAAGCUGCCCGUGUCGCCGCCAACCGUUACAUGUUGCGUUGGGCUGGUAAGGAAGGCUUCCACAUGAGGAUCCGUGUACAUCCUUAUCACGUCCUCCGUAUCAACAAAAUGCUUUCCUGUGCUGGUGCUGAUAGGCUCCAGACUGGUAUGCGUGGUGCUUAUGGCAAGCCCAAUGGUACUUGUGCUCGUGUCAACAUCGGCCAGGUGUUGAUCUCCAUCCGAACUAGGUUGGACAAGGAGCAGAUUGCCGUUGAGGCUCUUAGGCGUGCUAAGUUCAAGAUCCCUGGUCGUCAGAAGAUUCAUGUUUCUCACAACUGGGGCUUCACUCGGUUCACCAAGGACGACUACCAGAAGUACAAGGCCAUGGGCCGUUUGAUCCCCAUGGGAGUCCACGCUCAGUGGCUCUCCUCUAAGGGUUCUCUUGAUCGUUUCAUUGGCGCUCAGUAAGUAGUAGUGGAUACUAAAGGUUCCCUAAUACUUGCUGAUAGCAGAAUCAUCAUCGCUUUUGUUGGAAGGGCUAAACCAUUGAAAUAGCUUCUGGGUUCAA